UAUGAUUCUAUAAAUUUAGAAAAUAAAAAUUUUGAUUAUGAUAUAUUAUCAGACAAAAUAUCUCAAGAUAAUUAUAAAUUAUAUGAAAGUUUAUUUCAAGUUAAUACAAUCAGUAAAAACUUAACUCAGGAAAGUUCUAAUAUAGAAGGAUCAUUUCAAGCAAUUAUUCAAGACCCAACAAUUAGACAAGAGAAACGAAAAAGCCCAAAAGUGGUAGUUGUUAUUGUAGUAGAACAAAAUGUACAGCUAAAAGUUGUUCAUGCCGCAAAAACAAUGCACUUUGUACUAGACGCUGUG